GUUCAAUUUGGAAAUUUUUCUUGAUAUUUUUGCCCCGUAUAUGAUUAUUUCCAAAAGGUUGAAAAAGCACUGUAACAAUUACACUGAUGGAAAAUUUUCUUAUUAUUUUUCUUGUUCUUGUUUCCUACACCUACAUGUUUGUGGAAGCUUCUUCCUCUAAUUCUUCAUCUUCUGGGUUAAAUAAAAAUGAUAGCACCACCAUAUGUGACCAAUACAGUAGAGUGUGUGGACCAAACGGGAACUGCGAUGAGGCAAAAACUUGUGUUUGCUUGGAUGGUUUCACUCCUAAGUCCCCAACUGAUUAUGCUUAUUACUUGAACUUUACACAGGGAUGUGUGAGAAACAAACCUUUGAAUUGUAGCACUGAUGUGUUUGUUAGAUAUUCUUCUCUUAAAGAACCAAGUGGUGGUUAUUCUCUGUCCAACCAACAGGAUUGCAUGGGAAAAUGCAAGAGCAACUGUUCUUGUAUGGCGUAUAGCGUAAUUUUGGGUGGAUGCAAAUUGUGGAAUGGUGAUUUGUUUGAUGUUAGGUUGGUCAAGCAAGGUGGACAAGAUCUUUAUAUUCGAAUGGCAGUUUCAGAGGAACAAGAGAAGUCAGGAGGGAGAAAACAUGGACGAAAGGAGGGAGCGGUGGUUGGAAUAGUUGUCGGGAGCAUUAUUGUGAUUUUCAUGAUAAUCAUUGCUUCAUGGUACAUGCUUAGGAAAAAAACAGCAUCAAAAGCAUUGGAACAUUUAAGGAUUGAUGAGCUUGUUACUCAUCACACCAAUGUACAAAAGGAAGAUAUGGGGCUUCCAUUAUUUGAUCUAUCAACAAUAGCAAUGGCCACUAAUAAUUUCUCCCCCAACAAUAAACUUGGAGAAGGUGGUUUUGGACCUGUAUACAAGGGUAUAUUAGAAGAUGGACAGCAAAUUGCUGUCAAGAGGCUUUCAAGUAGUUCUGGCCAGGGUUUAAAUGAAUUCAAAACCGAAGUAAAGCUAAUAGCUAGACUUCAACACCGUAAUCUUGUAAAGCUUUUCGGAUGUUGCAUUCAAGAAGAGGAGAAAUUACUAAUAUACGAAUACAUGCCUAAUAAAAGCUUGGACUAUUUUAUUUUUGAUCAAGAACGAAGGAGUACUUUAGAUUGGUCCAAGCGCUUUAACAUUAUUAGCGGAAUUGCUAAAGGCUUAUUGUAUCUUCAACAAGAUUCAAGGUUAAGGAUUAUACAUAGAGAUCUUAAAACAAGUAAUAUUUUAUUAGACACCAAGAUGGAACCCAAAAUAUCAGAUUUUGGUCUAGCUAGAAGUUUUGGAGGCGAUCAAAGUAAAGCAAAUACAAGGAGAAUCGUCGGAACUUUCGGAUACAUGGCUCCAGAAUACGCUGUUAAUGGACUGUUUUCGAUAAAAUCUGACGUCUUUAGCUUUGGCAUUUUAUUACUUGAGAUAGUAUCUGGAAAGAGAAAUAGAAGAUUAUUUUAUGCAAGUGACAAUGAUGAAAGCUUGUAUGAAAACGCGUGGGAUUUAUGGAAGCAAGGAAGGUCACUGGAGUUGGUGGAUGAAUGCCUCAAAGAUUCAUGGAAUUUGAGUGAAGUACAACGUUGUAUUCACAUUGGCCUCCUAUGUGCACAGCAAUAUCCACAUGAUAGGCCAACAAUGUCUUCUGUGGUUUUAAUGUUGGGAAGCGAAGUUGAUUUGCCUCAACCCAAAGCUCCUACAUUUAUCUUUUGUGAACCUUUUGAUGGUUCCAGUUCCAGUACUUGUAAAAACGAAUUAAGCAUUACAGAGAUGGAAGCUCGGUAACAAAAAUUAUAUGAAAGAAUUUUUUUUUUCUUUUCUAA